CUCCUCUCUUUCUUCCCUUCCCCCUCUAGCAUUGCCACCUUCACUCCUACACGCACGCAGGCAUAUAAACGUAGGUUUUUGAUGCUCCUCUGCCUGUUGACCCCGCUAUUUUCAUGUUUCCAACAGGUUUUUCUUCCCCCAAUCCCUCAGCUGCUGCUGCUGCUCAGGAGGUCAGAUCUGCCACUGAUGGUAAUACCAGCACCACUCCGCCCACCUCUGCCAAGAAGAGAAAGUUAAACAGCAGCAGCAGUAGCAGCAGUAACAGUAGUAACGAGAGAGAAGACUUUGAUUCCACCUCUUCCUCCUCUUCCACUCCUCCUUUACAACCCAGGGAUUCGGCAUCCCCUUCAACCUCGUCCUUCUGCCUGGGGGUUUCAGUGGCUACUUCCAGCCACGUACCGAUACAGAAGAAGCUGCGUUUUGAAGACACCCUGGAGUUUGUAGGGUUUGAUGCGAAGAUGGCUGAGGAAUCCUCCUCCUCUUCCUCCUCAUCUUCACCAACUGCUGCAACAUCUCAGCAGCAGCAACUUAAAAAUAAGAGUAUAUUAAUCUCUUCUGUGGCUUCGGGGCAUCACGCAAACGGCCUAGCCAAAUCUUCUACCACCACUUCUAGCUUUGCUAACAGCAAGCCUGGCUCUGCUAAGAAGUUAGUGAUCAAGAACUUUAAAGAUAAGCCUAAAUUACCAGAGAACUACACAGAUGAAACAUGGCAGAAGCUGAAAGAAGCGGUGGAAGCUAUCCAGAAUAGUACUUCGAUUAAGUACAAUUUAGAAGAACUCUAUCAGGCUGUAGAAAAUCUCUGUUCCUACAAGAUUUCUGCAAACUUGUACAAACAGCUGAGACAGAUUUGUGAAGAUCACAUCAAAGCACAAAUUCAUCAGUUCAGAGAGGAUUCAUUGGAUAGUGUUCUUUUUCUAAAGAAAAUUGAUAGAUGCUGGCAAAAUCAUUGCAGACAAAUGAUCAUGAUCAGGAGCAUUUUUCUGUUUCUGGAUAGAACUUACGUUCUACAGAAUUCAAUGCUACCCUCCAUUUGGGACAUGGGACUGGAGUUGUUUAGGGCUCAUAUUAUAAGUGAUCAGAAAGUCCAGAAUAAGACAAUUGAUGGCAUUCUUCUCUUGAUUGAGAGGGAAAGGAAUGGUGAAGCAAUUGAUAGAAGUUUACUCCGAAGCCUUUUAAGCAUGCUGUCUGAUUUGCAAAUUUAUCAGGAUUCUUUUGAGCAACGAUUUUUGGAAGAAACUAACCGGCUCUAUGCAGCUGAAGGCCAAAAAUUAAUGCAGGAAAGAGAGGUUCCUGAAUAUCUUCAUCAUGUUAACAAACGUCUAGAAGAAGAAGCAGACAGACUUAUUACUUACUUAGAUCAGACCACCCAGAAGUCAUUAAUUGCUACUGUAGAAAAACAACUUCUAGGUGAACACUUAACAGCAAUUCUUCAGAAAGGUUUAAAUAACCUCCUUGAUGAAAACCGAAUUCAAGAUUUGUCUCUCCUGUAUCAGCUCUUCAGUAGAGUUCGAGGUGGAGUUCAGGUUCUCUUGCAGCAGUGGAUUGAAUACAUUAAGGCAUUUGGCAGCACUAUUGUAAUUAAUCCUGAAAAAGAUAAAACCAUGGUUCAAGAAUUGCUGGAUUUUAAAGAUAAGGUUGACCAUAUAAUUGAUAUUUGCUUUCUGAAAAAUGAAAAAUUUAUCAAUGCCAUGAAAGAAGCAUUCGAAACAUUCAUUAACAAAAGACCAAACAAACCUGCUGAACUUAUAGCUAAGUAUGUAGAUUCAAAGCUUCGCGCAGGCAACAAAGAAGCUACAGAUGAAGAACUUGAAAAAAUGUUGGAUAAAAUUAUGAUCAUAUUUAGAUUUAUCUAUGGUAAGGAUGUUUUUGAGGCCUUCUAUAAGAAAGAUUUAGCCAAGCGCCUGUUGGUUGGGAAGAGUGCAUCUGUAGAUGCUGAAAAAUCAAUGCUGUCCAAACUUAAACAUGAAUGUGGAGCUGCUUUCACCAGCAAACUUGAAGGAAUGUUUAAAGACAUGGAACUUUCAAAAGACAUCAUGAUUCAGUUCAAACAGUAUAUGCAGAACCAGAAUGUACCUGGGAAUAUUGAAUUAACUGUGAAUAUCCUGACAAUGGGUUAUUGGCCAACAUAUGUGCCUAUGGAAGUCCAUUUACCACCAGAGAUGGUAAAACUUCAGGAGAUUUUCAAGACCUUUUACUUAGGCAAACAUAGUGGCAGGAAACUUCAGUGGCAGUCAACCCUAGGCCACUGUGUGCUAAAGGCAGAAUUUAAAGAGGGUAAAAAAGAACUCCAGGUCUCUCUUUUCCAAACCCUGGUGCUGCUAAUGUUUAAUGAGGGAGAGGAGUUCAGUUUAGAAGAGAUCAAGCAGGCUACCGGAAUAGAGGAUGGAGAAUUACGGAGAACACUGCAGUCAUUGGCCUGUGGCAAAGCUAGAGUUCUGGCAAAAAAUCCAAAGGGCAAAGAUAUUGAAGAUGGUGAUAAGUUCAUUUGUAAUGAUGACUUCAAACACAAACUUUUCAGGAUAAAGAUCAAUCAAAUCCAGAUGAAAGAAACGGUUGAGGAACAAGCAAGCACUACAGAAAGAGUAUUUCAAGACAGACAGUAUCAAAUUGAUGCUGCGAUUGUUCGAAUUAUGAAGAUGAGAAAGACGCUUAGCCACAAUCUUCUUGUUUCAGAAGUGUACAACCAGCUGAAAUUUCCAGUAAAGCCUGCUGAUCUUAAGAAGAGAAUAGAAUCCUUAAUUGAUCGGGAUUACAUGGAAAGAGAUAAAGAAAAUCCAAACCAAUACAAUUACAUUGCAUAAAACCUUGGCCUCCGAGUAUUUGGUAUCAUAUGCAGUAGCCAGUGGAUAAACUAACCUGUUGAUCCUAUAUUAUUUGACUUCUUUUAUACUACCAAUGACCAAAUGAAGCAGUGUAAUGGAAAUAGUUGAGUUGACUUUUUCAGUGGUUAACAUGCCCAUUUAAAGAGUUAAUACUUAACCUUUAAGAAGAAUGUUGUUGAACUCUUUGCAUGUUAUUUAGUAUGAUGUGCAGAAAAUUCUUAAGAAAGUACCUGGUCUUCAUGAUUCCUCUUUGGAACUGGGGAAGAGGUCCUAUGGCUAUUAAAAAAGGAGGGGGGGUUCUUAUACACCAUUAAUUAUGAAGCAAAGGGUUUAUUUGCUUAAAAUGUCAUUUAAAGAUACUUAAACUGCAUGCAAACUUUAUUUACUGUACAGAGUUCUGGAUGUAUUUAUCAAAUAGAAAAACCACCCUGGACUUGGUUGUUCACCUGUUUUGUGAUUUCCCUUGAAAAGAAAAAUAAGUUGUCAUAGCUAUUGAUAUUUUACUAAGUAAUGUUCUGUUACACUGAAAGGGAUGUUUUAAAAAAACUUAUUUGGAAACAAGUUUUCAAGUAGAGGGACAGUUGCUUACAUAAUCUCUUGUAUACACAUCCUAGAUGUUCUAUUUAUGACCAUGGGAUGUGUGUAUAUGGCUUAGCCCUGAGUUUACUGUUCUGAUUAACAGGUACUUAUAAUAAUAGCUGAAAAAGAAAAUUGCUGAUCAGCUGUACUGGAAGAACAUGGUGGGAGAGAAAAAUCCAACUCUUCAUAUUAAAAAUGAAUACAAUAUGAACAUUGCAAAAGAGACCAAAACCCCCGUGUUUUGUAAAUUUUUACAAGAGCAAAAAUUCAUCAACUAGUUUUCAACUUCCUUUAGACUUUAUUGUUGUUUGGACAGUUUUGUCUUCAACUUGGACCAAUUGUUAGAUUGUUACAGGCUUCCUAGGAUUUAGCAUUCCUGUUUUCUCUACCAAAGUUUUUUUGGGAAGCACCCCAACUUUCCAUUUUGCUAAAUAAACCUUUCAUCCUCCUAACUUCCUAAAGACCUAGAUAUAAAGAUCUUCCUUUAUUUUCCCCAUAUGCCCCCUAGUUGGGAAUUUCAAAAUCUGUAUCAUGCCGAUCUUAAUUCCUUUCCAAAAUUUCUUGAAGAGUUCUCAUAGCCACUGGACAUCUUCUUUUCAGGGGAAUGUCCUAGGAUUGUUCAUAUAUAGAAAAUAGCAAAAGUAUUGUUACUCGAAUUGAUAAUGUGAGUAAAAAAGGCUUCUCUUUAGCAUCAGUGGG